AAGCUAUUGAGGAAAUUAUUCAAUCUCAAGGAACAAUUAAAAAUGCAUGCAAGAAAAUAGUUGAUAGAUAUAACACUUCAACUUACCAAAUUUAUGAAUCUGGAAAAGGCAUGCCCAAGGAUUGUCUCAGCACAAGCAACAAAUGA